GCUUCCGACUGUUCUGGCCUCCGACGGACCUGCCGAUCAGCGGCACCGCACUUCAUUGACCUGUCACCUCGCUCGUUGUGUUUGGAUUCAAACCACACCAUUCACUUUCCAUGGCGUCUACCCCCUCAGCUGAGGAUUUAUUACGCUCAGCGACACAAGGAUUUGAUCACCUCUUUGCAAAUGAUAUCGAUGCAGCGAAGAAGGCGUUUGAAUCCGAGGGCGCUCCUUUUCACUUAUUAGGACUUGGCGUCGUCGCGUUUUUGCAGGCAGCCCUCGGUAUGGAGACGGGUCUAAUGGAGGAAGCUACUCGCUGCCUUACAGCUUCGGAAGUAGGCGCCAAGAAACAAGCACGGGCAGCAAAAUCGUUGCCCUCAAUCCAUCGAUUCGACGCUGGAAUAGAGUGGGAAGUCAUGCAUGCCGAUGCCGUCGUUCUGCUUGGCUUGACCCAUGCACUGAGCGAGUCGUACCGGGGCUACUUGCAGUGCUUGUAUGAACUUAACAGUGCCCAUUCCAAAUUUAAUAAACUCUUCAAGACUGUUUACCCCAAUGGUCUUCAGUCCUACGCAACUCCAGCGACAACCCCUCUACCAUCGCGUAAAGGCUCUGAUGGAAGCCUGCAUUCUUCAGUAAUACAAUCUAAGCCAGCUACUACGCUUAAGUCAGGCUUCUUCAGCAGGUGGUUCGCUCCAUCGACUUCAGUCGCCGCCCCAGGGACAAUUACAAAUCCGCCAAGCGGGCCUGUCGAGGAACUCGUAUUGUCCGGAACUGCGUUUGGAUAUGGGUUGUUUAACCUGGUGCUUUCUCUCCUACCUGCAAAGAUUAGAAAUGUGGUCGGCUUUUUUGGCUUCAAUUACGAUCGCAUGCUAGCUCUACAGGCUCUUGCCGUUGCUGCCGCAAGGAAUGAUAUUCAUUCCGUGUUUGCUGGGUUGGUUCUGAUGACCUACCACGGAGUCGUUCUUCUUCUUUCUGGGUACCAAGCCGACGAGGCGCACAUUAUCAAGCAGUACAAGGCGAUAGUUUCAAGGCGUCGCAAAAUCAGAGUAGAUGGCCGAUACCCUGAUGGUUCCCUGUGGAUCCUGAAUAAGGCAAAGAUACAGCGCAUGACAUAUGAUACCGAAGGCGCGAUCGCGACCUUGAGAGAUGGCUUGAAGCCUGAGAGGAAAAAAUCUUUCCCUCAGGCUGACACAUUGCUCACAUUUGAGUUGGCCUGGACCCUCCUUUCGCAUCGUCGUUACGAAGAAACGGCAGAGCAGUUCCUGGAUAUCACUCGACUGAAUAGCUGGUUCCCUAUCUCUUUCUUGUUCACGUACCUUCGAACUAACCUAUCGAUGACGCAGGAGUCACGCGACAUACUACUUCAUUGCAGCUGGUGCGCCGAUUCUUACAUCAAUCAAAGCAUACUCUUUACCACUGCCUUACUAGGCUGCUACUUCUCGUUGAAAGAUCAUGAUAGAGCUCAGAACCUUUUGGACAAAAUUCCUGAUCAGCUUGAUAAACGGAAGCUCUCAGGUAGAGAUAUGCCCACAGAAACCUUCAUUAAGAAAAAGUUGGCUUUCUACAAGAGGAAACAGGCUCGCCUUAGAGGAGAUGAGAAUCGAUUUGUAGAGGCUAUCAAGAUCAGUCCCGCAGAAGAGAUUGCUAUUUUCUGGAAUACCCACGCACGUAUCGAGAGCUCCGUCGCCAUAGCGCAUAUCCAAGAGUGGUCCUCGCUGACCCCAGUUAUCACUGAUAUCGAGAGCAAGUAUCUGGUGAAACAAGUUCCAAAAACCGAAACCGACGACCUUGAUACUGUUGACGAACUUGCAAUACGCUCGCUCCUCCUCGGCAUCGUCCACCGUACUCUCGCCGAGUAUGCGGCUGCACGCGCAUUCCUUCUCGAUGCGCUGAAGAGAGCCCCUAAUGUCGAGAUCAGCACGUGGGUUGGGGGUGUCUCCGCCUUCGAGCUCGCCGUGCUCGAUUUGAAGGAGGCAGACGUGAAGGCUGCAGACAUGAAACCGGAGGAAGCCAUGACGAUGUGGGAAGGCGUGCUCGCCGGUGCCAGCGAGAAACUAGACCAAGCAUACACAAUGUCCACAAAGCAAACAGACCUGUCGUCGAGGCUUGAUAGCCGAAUUGUCAUGCUCAGGGAUGAGAUUUCCGACAAGCGGGGAUUACUUGGGCUUCCUGCAUGAGAUAGGACAGCGUUGACAACACACAUACCCUAUCAAUGUUUUAUGAUACACAUUUCGUACUCUGCAUUUAGUGUCUAUGCAUCGUGAUAUCUAAAUUCCCUCGAAUGGCCUCCGACUUCGUUGUCGCGAUCGUUUUGCGAACCUCCAUCCCAACGUCCAUAGCAUAGAAACUAAAGCAAAUGGAGGGAAAAGCCAACUAAGCUUCCACGACCACCCAGCUGUCGG